AUCAUCCCUUUGCUUUGCAUUUCACGACCAUCAUUUGCUGUCACGAUUCCUGAGCAAAAGCUGCCACAUUUCAGCACUGCAGGACCAUCCGCCACCCACUACCGAAAUGUCCGCCAACCGCACGUGCGACCACGAUGCCCUCCCCGACCUCCAAGGCAUCCCCGGUCUACCCAUGGACCGCAGCGUUUUCGUUAUUCCCAACUGGAACGAAUCGUUUGUGGGCAUGACCAAGUGCUGCGCCCCCAACGAGGUGCAUAUCAGUGGCGAUUACGGGUUUGAAGGAUGCGUCUUGUGGUGCUUGAUUCCAGACUCCUUUCUCAAAACACGAGAUGGGCAGAAGCUCGAGGAAGGUGCGGUUCUUGACCAAAUGAGCCACUGUAUACGGGCUAAGACUGGAAUUUCGAGGUAUAUUAGUGGCGGCCAAGUGAAGAACAACGCGGCAAGUUCGAGGACGACGUUGCUCGGGGUGGGAGUUUGGGCCUUGUUGGCUGUUGGACUGCUGGUGUGAAGUUGAAUAUUUGGUGUGUGUAGUCGAAUGCAAAGUUUGCACUAGCUUUUAAGCGCGUGUAUUGCAAAGGUUGAUUCUAAGUCGAAGUUGGCAGGUGCAAAGUUUGCAUCAACUGUAAAGUAGGGAAAUACGCAUAUUGCACUAGCGCUUAAGCGG